AUGUCUGAGACCCAAACCCAGGAAGUUGGCGUUCCGGCCGUGAAGGAGACUGAGAAUGCGACAGUCGACAAGAGGAAGCCCUUCUCCUGGCUCGAACCGCAUCCGACCUUCGUCAUUAUCCUUGUUGGCCCCCAGGAAGCCCCCUUCGGAAUCCAGAAAGAUUUCCUCUGCUGCCGAUCCGAGUUCUACGAAAAGCACUUUUCCGUCGCGAACCCAGAGGAGAAAGUCGAGCACGUCGUUAAGCUCCCAGAUACAACCAAGGAAGUCUUUGGUCUUGCUCAGCACUUCCUCUACACAGACAAGGUCAUUUCGGAUGAGUCUAGCGUGCCAUCUUACGAAGCGCUUGUCGGUCUCUGGAAGCUGGGUCACAAACUGGGCAUCAAGGGGCUUUGCGAUAAGGCUCUCAACGCCAUGAUUGAUUGUCGUCGCAUCACGGAGACGAUUCCGGCUACGCCUCUCCUCAUUCAAGUCUGGAAAGAUACACCCGAGGGCUCGUCGAUUCGGAAGCUGCUGCUCUCAUGGACUGCCGAGUAUAUGAGAUCUUCGGAUGCCAGAGCAGAGUUUGCCAAGUCACUCCCUCAAGAGGUCCUUAGUGAGCUCGUUGUUACCAUGAGCUCCUUCGACACGGUCUCUUCGCCGGAAGCACCGCCUGCUACUGUCACGCUUCCGUCGGUGACGCCUCGGAAGAACGUCCAUUAUCUCGAAGAUGAGCCCGAGAAUGAAGCAAAAAGGAGUAGGCGUGUGAGCGGCAUCUCAGUUGGCACUCCUGUGUCAGCGGAUCGAUCGAUCAAAGCCCGUGGCUCUCUGCCUAAGCCCGGGCCUAGACGUAGGACCAGCGCGGGUUUCGCAGAAGGGAGGGACUUUACCACAGCACAGAAGCUCGAGUUCUGCGCCGACUUGCUAACUCGCAUGCUCUCCGGUCCUGGGUUCUGGACUAGACUUGUUGGUCCGUUCAAAGAUGCUGUCGAGCCAGUCGAGGAUGGCGUUCCAGACUACUUCGAAAAGGUCAAGCGACCUAUGGACCUCACCACAAUCAAGUUCAAGAUGGACCACAAGGAGUACAAUAACGAGGAGGAGUUUUUGGCGGAUGUGCGUCAGAUCUUCGACAACUGUUUCACGUACUGGAAGAAGGGAGAUCCUAUGUGGACUGCAGGGGAGAAGCUCCAGAAGACAUUUGAAGACAAGUUCUCUCACAUGAACAAAUGGAUCUCUAAGAUGGGUGGCGAUGAGGUUGAGUAG